UUUUCUCCCCCGAAGUCAGGAAGAGGAAGGAAGCGACUGUAAACAGAAGCGAAACAGCAGCAGCUGCGCUCAAAACCCCCCAAAGACCCCCCGCGUAUCCAGUAGCCCAGCGAUCGAAGCCCCUGCAGAUCUGCGCCAUGGACGAUACUCUCUUCCAGUUGAAGUUCACAGCGAAGCAGCUGGAGAAGCUGGCCAAGAAGGCGGAGAAAGACUCCAAAUCGGAGCAGGCGAAGGUUAAGAAGGCCCUGCAGCAGAAGAACGUGGAGUGCGCGCGGGUGUACGCGGAGAACGCCAUCCGGAAGAAGAACGAGGGCGUGAACUGGCUCCGCAUGGCGUCCCGGGUGGACGCGGUGGCGUCCAAGGUGCAGACGGCGGUCACCAUGAAGGGGGUGACGAAGAACAUGGCGCAGGUGACCAAGGCGCUGGACAAGGCGCUGGGCUCCAUGGACCUGCAGAAGGUGUCGGCCGUCAUGGACAAGUUCGAGACGCAGGUGCAGAACCUGGACGUGCACACCUCGGUGAUGGAGGACUCCAUGAGCUCGGCCACCACGCUAACCACGCCGCAGGAGCAGGUGGACGACCUGGUGGCCCGCAUCGCCGAGGAGAGCGGCCUGGAGGUGAUGGACCAGCUGAGCCAGCUCCCCGCGGGCGCCGCCUCGGUCGGGGAGGGCGCGGCGGCGGCGGCGGCGCGCUCCCAGGAGAAGGAGGACCAGCUCUCCCGCCGGUUGGCCGCCCUCCGGAACUGAAGCUGCCGUCGAUCAGAGGCUACGGCGUCGGCUGUGACUGUAUCAGACUGAUACCAACCCACCCCACCCUGCAUCCCUC